AGACCAAUAUAUAUUGAUGAAAAAAGCGUGAUAUGUCACCUUUAAUUCUUCUUCAAGAGUGUACUGUUUCAUGAAGGCCAACAUUUCACUGUGGUAAAGUCAGAAGCCCCAGAUAGACAACAGGAUGCAGAUGUGGUUAAAACUGUAGACCUCAUCAGAAGCAUGUUUCAGAAUGCCGUCUCGCUAGGUACGAUUUUGUCUCGCUUCUGAUGCGCUUAGUCGCUUUUCUGCAAAGUAUCCAAACGGGUAAGUACGUUUCGGUAAGUUUUCAUUCCUUUGUAUUUAUACUUUUUUGACCUUAUUGCUCAUAUGACUUGAAUUCUGAGAGGAGAGCAAUCCUAGACGUGUUUUAUUUUUGUAAGCCACCUAAUGCUAAUUUGGUUUAAGGUAUAAUCAAUCAGUACUUCCAUCUUUAUCAUUCAGUUCGGUCACCUGAAUCUCUCGAACCGUACUUGCUGGCACAUAGUUGCUGCCUUACUCAGAGCUAAGUCAAAUGCUUAAUAGGCUGCAAUGUAGACUAGGAGUAUCUUCUUUUUUCUAUGUGGUGUCCAAAAUUUGUAAGAAUAUCAUCUGAUUCACAUACAACUCUACAACACUACAGUCUUUCAGAGCCAGUGUGUGCUAGGUGUGAAUUAACUGCGUUCAUUACAAUGUCUGUGAGACCAGGUUGAUUUUCAGGGCCUUGCCUCACCCCAAGAUCAGGCAUAUGCAUGUACAAAUUUAACAUGCAUCUAUUCUAAAGUGUGGAAGUGGUAUCUCACUUGAAGCUUAGAGUGUUAACGCCUGCAUAAACAGGUUCUCCUCUGAUGCAGCUGUGCAUUCAACAAAUCCAUAGCUGUACUCUCACUCAUUUUGUGAUAACUUUCCACGACUCUGAUACUUCCGUUCUUACUUUGCAAUGAUAGUUACUCCAUAUGUUGUCAGUUAUAAUUCAGUUGCUGGAUAUAUUGAUUUUAUUCUUUCUCAGUCAGCAUCAUAAAGGCCAGGUAUUGCCUGCAAACACUCAUCACUUGAUGUCAGUCAGUGACUCGGUUCAUGCAUUUGAAUAGCAUAAGGAAGGAAGUCAGACAAAUUAAAUAGCCUGACUACUUUCAUCUUCUGACCACAGCGCAGCAUUUUCUGUAGCGACAACAUCCUCUCUCUGUUUCUAACGGAUGAGAGGAGCAGCUAUGUGUUUAAAAGUUGCACUGUGUGGGUUGGUUAUCUUCCUUCUCCCUGUACCAGUGGUUAGCAGAGAGAAUGGCUGGGGAGUGGCUUACUCUUCUCAUCAGAUCUGCGCCUUAAAAGGAUCGACAGUAGAUAUAUCCUGCACCUACACAUAUCAACCCAGAAUGCAUGAGCUUGUAACCAAAGUCGAAGAAACUCUCUGGUUUACUAAAUUGGAUGGAAACCAAUCUGUGGAUCUGAGGACAGAUCCAGACUACACUGGUCGUUUGGAGUAUCACUCUCAUGAGAAGGACUGCACUCUGAGAAUCAAAGACCUGAGAGAGAGCGACUCAGCUGAGUACAAGUUCAGGUUUACAACAAACCAAACAGAGGAAACUUUCACUGGUUCACCUGGAGUCACUUUGACUGUCACAGACUUGCGAGUACAUGUGGAGAGAGUAUCGACCCAGGCAGAGCUGAGGUGUCACAGCAGCUGUACUGUGGCUGAUAAUCCGUCAUAUAUCUGGUACAGAGAUGGACAGAAAAUGGCUGCAGAGACAUCUUCUCUAAGUGUCCCUGUUAAUGUUAAUAAAUAUACUUGCGCCAUCAAAGGACAUGAGGAUCACCACUCUCCUGCAGUGUUGCUUCAAGGCUGGAGAGUGACUUACCCUUCUCUUAAAAUCUGUGCCUUAAAAGGAUCGACAGUGGACAUACCCUGCACCUACACAUAUCCAUUAACUAUAAAACAUCAAACUACUGAAGUUCAAAGCAGAUUGUGGUUUAUUAACACAGAUUCUAACGAGCCUGUAGAUCUGAGAACAAAGUCGAGCUACUCAGGUCGUGUGGAGUAUCAUUUCAAUGAGAAUGACUGCACUCUGAGAAUCAAAGACCUGAGAGAGAGCGACUCAGCUGAGUACAAGUUCAAGUUCACAACAAACCAGGAAGGUGGGAGUGUUACUGGUGCACCUGGAGUCACUUUGAAUGUCACAGACAUGCGGGUUCAAGUGAAUAGAUCAUCGACCAAGACCAAGCUGAGGUGUCACAGCAACUGUAAUGUGGCUGACAGUCCUUCAUAUGUCUGGUACAGAAAUGGAAAGAAAAUAGCUGCAGAGACAUCUUCUCUUCAAGUCUAUGUUCAUGAUUUCAACAACUAUUCCUGUGCUUUUAAAGGACAUGAGGAUUACAGCUCCACUACAGUGUAUCCUCCAAAGCUUCCCUCUGUGUCAGUGAGUCCUGUAGAGGAGGGCAGUUCAGUGAAUCUGACCUGUAGCAGUGACGCUAAUCCAGCGGCUAACUACUCCUGGUACAGAGAGAAAUCAAAUAACAACCAUGAAUAUCUCAAACGUGGACCACAGUUUGCCUUCAGGUCCAUCCAGUUGUCUGAUUCUGGAGGGUAUUACUGUCAAGCUGAGAAUGAGCUUGGGUUGGGAAUGUCUCGUGUCCUCAUUAACGUGAAAUAUGGUCCAAAAACUUGUUCUGUUUCACUGAGUACCACUGCUGAAAUCAACGAGAACAAAUCUGUGACUCUGACCUGUAGCAGUAACGGUUACCCUACGCCUGAGUUCACCUGGUACAAGCAGAAUGAUCGUGGACAUCAUAGUAAAGGAUCAGAGCUCACCUUCAGUUCAAUUCAGUCCUCCGACUCUGGAAGGUAUUACUGUGAAGCAAAGAAUGAGCUGGGUAGGAAGACAUGUGGAUACAACUACAUUACUGUGAAAUAUGCCCCAAAGCCCCCCUCUGUAUCAGCAAGUCCCUCUGCUGAGAUAGUGGAAGACAGUUCAAUGAUUCUGACCUGCAGCAGUCAUGCAAACCCACCAGCUACUUACACCUGGUACAAGAAGACUGGUACUCAAGGACAUAAACCUCUCAACACAAGAACACAACUUUACUUUAAGUCCAUCAAAGCCUCUGACUCUGGAGAGUAUUACUGUACAGUGGAGAACAAGCUUGGGAGUAAAACAUCUGGAUCCAUUUCUAUAAAUGUUAUAUAUGCUCCAAAGCCUCUCACUAUAUCAGUGAAUCCUUCUGGUGAGGUAUUAGAGGGCAACAUUGUUAAUCUGACCUGCAGCAGUGAUGCUAACCCUGCCGCUACUUAUACCUGGUACAAGGAUAUGGAAAAAUUAGACCUUCAACACCCCAGAGAUGGAUCAGAGCUUGUCUUCAGUUCAAUCCAGUCCUCUGACUCUGGAGAGUAUCACUGUAGAGCUGUCAACAAUCUGGGUUGGAUGACAUCUGAGCAUGUUUCUAUGGACGUGAAAUAUGCUCCAAGGCUCCCCUCUGCGUCACUGAAUUCAUCAGCUCAGAUAAUAGAGGGCAAACCAGUGACUCUGACCUGUAGCAGUGAUGCUAACCCAGCCGCUACUUACACCUGGUACAGGAAGAAUGGAAAUCUAGGACAUCAAUCUCUCACCCCGACAUCGCAACACUUCUUUCGAUCCAUCCAGUCCUCUGACUCUGGAGAGUAUUACUGUACAGCUGAGAACAGGCUGGGGAAUAGGACAUCUGAAUCAAUAUUUAUUGAUGUGAAAUAUGCUCCAAGGCCUCUCACUGUAUCCAUGGAUCCUUCUCGUGAGAUAUUGGAGGGUAAAGCUGUUGUUCUGAAAUGUAGCAGUGAUGCUAACCCAGCAGCUAGUUAUACCUGGUACAAGAUGACUUUAAAACCAAAUCAUGAUCCUCUCAGAAAUGGAUCAGAGCUUGUCUUCAGUUCAAUCCAGUCCUCUGACUCUGGAAGGUAUUACUGUGAAGCAAAGAACAAGCUGGGAAGGAGGACAUCUGGAUCCACCUAUAUUAAUGUUAAAUAUGCUCCAAGGCUUCCCUCUGUAUCAGCAAGUCCCUCUGCUGAGAUAAUGGAAAACAGUUCAAUGAUUCUGACCUGCAGUAGUGAUGCAAACCCAGCAGCUACUUACACCUGGUACAAGAAGAAUGCUGCUCAAGGACAUGAACCUCUCAACACAAGAACACAACAUUACUUUAAGUCCAUCAAAGCCUCUGACUCUGGAGAGUAUUACUGUACAGUUGGGAACAUGCUGGGGAAUAAAACAUCUGGAUCCAUUUCCAUUAACGUAAAGUAUGCUCCAAAGCUUCUCACUAUAUCAGUGAAUCCUUCUGGUGAGGUAUUAGAGGGCAACACUGUUAUUCUGACCUGCAGCAGUGAUGCUAUCCCAGCAGCUAACUAUACCUGGUACAAGAAGAUGGCCAAAUUAGACCUUCAACACCCCAGAGAAGGAUCAGAGCUUGUAUUCAGUUCAAUCCAGUCCACUGACUCUGGAGAGUAUCACUGUAGGGCUGAGAACAUUUUGGGUUGGACGACAUCUGAAGACGUUUCUAUUGAUGUGAAAUAUGCCCCAAAGCCCCCCUCUGUAUCAGCAAGUCCCUCUGCUGAGAUAGUGGAAGACAGUUCAAUGAUUCUGACCUGCAGCAGUGAAGCAAACCCAGCAGCUACUUACACCUGGUACAAGAAGACUGGUACUCAAGGACAUAAACCUCUCAACACAAGAACACAACUUUACUUUAAGUCCAUCAAAGCCUCUGACUCUGGAGAGUAUUACUGUACAGUUGGGAACAAGCUUGGAAGUAAAACAUCUGGAUCCAUUUCUAUAAAUGUUAUAUAUGCUCCAAAGCCUCUCACUAUAUCAGUGAGUCCUUCUGGUGAGGUAUUAGAGGGCAACAUUGUUACUUUGACCUGCAGCAGUGAUGCUAACCCGGCAGCGACUUAUACCUGGCACAAGGAUAUGGAAAAAGUAGACCUUCAACAUCCCAGAGAUGGAUCAGAGCUUGUCUUCAGUUCAAUCCAGUCCUCUGACUCUGGAGAGUAUCACUGUAGAGCUGUCAACAAUCUGGGGUGGAUGACAUCUGAGCAUGUUUCUAUUGACGUGAAAUAUGCUCCAAAGCUCCCCUCUGUGUCAGUGAGUCCAUCUGCUGAGAUAGUGGAGGGCACUUCAGUGAAUCUGACCUGUAGAAGUGAUGCUAACCCAGCAGCUAACUAUACCUGGUACAAGGAGAAUGAAGACUCACCAAAAAGUUGGGGACAGAUCUUCACCAUCUCUCACUUCAGGGCUGAGCACAGUGGGAAUUAUUACUGUGAGGCCCAGAACACAAGAGGACGCCAUAACUCCAUCUUACAUCUGAUUGAGGUGGCAGGAAACUCAACAUUAAAAACGGAUAUCAUCAGGUUGACUCUGGUGCUCUUGAUUUUGAUUCCUCUGCUUUUCCUGAUUCUGGAAAUACGGAAGAAGAAAAUUCUGAACUUCACCGCUGAACCAAAUGAACCUGAAGAGAUGGUAGAGUUGGACUCUGGCUCUGAGUAUAGGAACGUGUCAGCUGUCACUGCAGCGCAGAUAGAACACACCAAGGAGCAGGAAGACACGGUGUGAGGUGCAGUCAGAUGCAGCUGAACCAGAGGCAGCACUCACUCUGGAGAGCACACCUGUGGAAUAUGUGGAAACAUUUACCUGAGUACAUCAUAUAUUUCUAAAAUAAGCUUGUCAGGAACACACUUUAUUAGAUGUUAGGUGUUCAGCAUCUGUGGUUGAUUCUAAUAAACAGUCAACUUUCAAAACAAGUCAAGGACUAUUGAAAAAACAGGAAAGUGUGUAACAUGCUUUGUAAUUAACUUUUAACUAUAUGCUCUCUAGGUUACUUUGCAGUGUAUUAUUUCAUCUACCAGCUGUUAAGACAAAUGACUUUACAACUUUUUUCUUUAGCUUUGGCAAACUUCCAACUUUCUCACAUUUUGCGUGUAAAUGGAUGAUUUUUGUCUGUGUUUGAUACAAGGAACAGUUGCAUUUUACUGAAGAAGCUGAGGAAACUCAUUUAAAAUCUAUUUAAUCUUUUUCUAAAUGCUUGGGAGUAUUUAGUAGAGUAGGCUUUGAUGUAGUUUAAGAAUCAAAGUUCAUUAUUUAAAGCCUGUGAAACUGAUUAUGAACCUUUGUUUUACAACAUGGAGUCAUUGCCUUUGCAGUAAAACAAAUAUGUUAAUGAGCAAAGUUGUGCAAAAGGUCUCUCUUUCCAAAUUCUCCUGCAGACGACUUUAAUUUUGAAUGACCCAAAGUUUGACACAGGAGUCACAGAGCCAUAUAUGCACAGCUCACUGACUGUUCAGAGUGAGGCAGCUAGUCGUAGAAGAAGUCUCUGUUUCCCUCACCAUCCUUCUAAUCCAUAGUUUUGUGCGUCCAUAAGAUGCCAUAAGAAAGUAGUUGUAACCAUAGUUUAGUCAUCUGUUUGGUUUAAUAGUUAAUAUCAUGCUAGUGUUCAUAUAUUGUGUUGUAUAGAUACGUUUUUAAAGGUUUAUUGAUUCCGUGCCACCUUGUCUGUCAUGCAGCAUGAGCAUGCAGUCAGUCCAUUUAUUUUUAGUUUUUUAUGUUUUUAUUUCUGUGUUCCUGGAGCAUUAUGUAACCAAGUGUUUUAAAGAGCUAUAUCAAUAAAAUUCUACUUACAUUUUA